AUGUUUUCAUUUCAAACUGAUAUGAUGAUGAUUGAAUUUUUGAGUACGUUCAAGAGGAGAAUGGCUAAACUCGACAAAUUGGAUAACAUGGAUUGCCCAGAGUGUUCAGGACCACCACCGAUAUUUCGGUUACCUCCACCACCUAGGCCACCUUUCCUUACGGAAACGGCAUUCUGCUCGGAAGCACCUUUAGCCGAGCUUGAGGAUUGUGUUGCUUUUCCGAUGAUCGAUGCGUCCUAUCACGCCAAUCCGUCAUUACAGAACACAGCUUUAAUAAUCGCCUGUACUGUUAUUUUAUUGUUAAUGGCUGCGAUCGUUUCCGUCGUAUUCUGGAAACACAAGAGAAAAGUGCAGAACCUCCUUCCUUGCAAAAGCGCAGUAUCAGUAACAGCGACAACCGGGCGUACCCGGGUCUUGCCGAAUGGGCAAGCUUUAACGUCCGCCAGCAGUAAUAUGAUGGGUGGGAAUAACACAGCCCGUCUCUAUGAGGAUAUGAUGGAGCACGUACCGCAUUCUCAAAUCCACAAUCACUUGCCAGCUCAACUUAGGAUGCAACCAACAAUCGAGGUACGAGGUAUAGAUCCCUCGAGGCAGCAGGUGAGCGAUGAGUGCACUCCUGCAUCGCACUACCUCGACUAUCUCGAUUAUCGUGAUCCACGUACGAUUAUUAGCACUAAUAAAAUGCCAUCUAAAGCAAUACUUGGUGGUUAUCGGACACCAAUGGCUCUUUUAGCUAAAAAAUCACAAGGUGUGAUGACAAUGUCACCACCAAUUACUACCCUACAUCGAAAUUUUAUCAAUGACUAUAAUCAUCAGCAGCAGCGAGCUACUGAUUCUAUAAAUCUACAAAAUACUGGUAUUAAUACUAAUACUGCGACAACUAACAGUUUACUGAUAAAUAACUUAACGCUGAAUAAUCAAAAUCCAUUCAUUAUGACAAAUCCAACAAUUAUACCGGGCUUGUCAUUCGUUUCAAUGCAAACAAACGUCAACAGAUACUGUUGCGCAGAUUCUAACCAAUUACCUCCAUCACAUUACUCGAUACCAAAUGAUUUAAUAACUUCGACACAUAAUUCGCGCUUUGCCCCUACUAAUAAUGAUCAGCUAUUUGAGUCUCAAGCAACAUGUAGUAACAUUAGCAAUAACAGUAACAUCGUGUCGCCACUAACAAUAAAUGAUAAAUCAAAAAAUAGUAACUGCGAAGUUAAUAGGAAACGACGGCUAUCUGUGGAUUCUGAGGGCUACGCUUACAUUGAUAUCGAAGAUUACUAUCUAAAUAAAUUGGAAAAAACGCGCGGUAAUUAUCGUAUUGAUGGCAAUGCUGACCGAGAUGGGGGCGAUAAUAUCGACGAAUCGUGUCAAAGACUCCUUAAUGAUAAUACAGCGGCUGUUCAUGAGAGCUCUAGUGUUGAAGUUAAAAAUAAGCGUAAUUCUGAACGAUCUUGUAGCAAUAAUCGAGGAACGACUAACAGUAGAACAGAGUGUAACUCUGUAGACGGCACUAAUGAGGAAAUUUGUCCUCUUUGUACUAUACAACAAAUUCAUCACCUUAUGAUUGAUGUCAAUAAGGAGAAGAAUGGGAAUCGAGGCUUUGUGUGUAGCAGCCCUGGACCAGAUCCGUACGGAUCACAAGAUCUUUAUAAUCCAGUUUAUGAAGAGCUUUGUAAUGGUGAUAACCAACCUGACACAGACGAAGAAGGUGAAAUAAAUGGGCGAAAACGUUUGCACCACCGUGCAUCAGCAAAUUCAAAAUCAGCAAGCGAAGAUGAAUUCGCAGAGGAUGAAUUAUCUGUCGGCGAGCCUUCAGAGUCACGGGUGUUAACCUCAGCAUCCCCAGGGCCGGUGUCAUGGAGUACAUGUCCCGCCGGGUCUUCGCGAACUUCACGUGAAAGACGAGGCAAGAGCCCCAGAAGCUUAGAUCGACGCAGAAAAAAUAAAACUCAUGACGUUGGCGAAUUUCACGAAGGAAUGCUUCUUGAUGCAUUGCUACAAUUUUAUCCUAAUGUUCCGGGUAUAGCAGGAACUAAAACUAAUUCUAGUCAACGAACAAAACCUGCUGUGACGGUAGCACAUAAAUUUCCGUACUAUGUGCCGCAAAUGCCUCCACAAUUUCACUCAUUAAAUAGAGAAAUAAACAACAAAGAAGAAGAAAAUCCGUACGAGAGUGUACCAGUUCUAGGUCCGCUGCAUAAUUAUUCAAGUCAAAGUAAAACAAAUCCGAAAGACAAAUCUUCUAGUAAAGUGUCAACAGUCAAUGAUUACGAUAAAUAUCCCCAGUAUGGCUCGGAAUACUUUGGACUACACAAUCAGGUGGUGACACCAAUUUAUACACAAGUUGGUAAUGACUAUUCAGAUACAUACGCCCAACCAACUGAUAAACUUUACUACAGUGACGAUAGAUACGCCCAACCUGUUUACUUUACUUCGCGCGAUCCAGAACAAACUUCUGCUGGUAAACUCUACCAAGGACAGCCUGACAGUAGUUUUGGUAGUGAUAGUGGUUACAGUCAUCAUACGUCCGGUGGUACAACGAUUUAUAAUAAUGGUGGUGGUACUAGAAGCAGUAUUACACGGACUAAUCAUCGUAAAGAUAAACAUCGAAAUUCAAAUCAUUCACAUCAUUCCAUCUUUUAA